UUAAAAUCUUACGCAUUCUAAAAUCUUAGGGAAAAAUCCCCCUCUAUUAGAUUUUUAUCAACAAACCCUUUUUUUCUUAAUUUAUUUAUAUACUCCCUCGGUCCCUCCGUUUACUUUGUUUCAUCAUUGUCAAAGUAGAUCUACUAUAUGUUUCCAAAAAAAAAAAAAAAAAAAUAAUUCCACUGUAUUAAUUCUACAAAGUCUACUGUAUCAAUUUACAAAUUCAAAACCAAACGACAUUUUGAUAUCUUAUUAACUUCCUCAGUCAUAAAUUCAUAAUACUAGACACGGCAGCGACUACAAUCGCCGGUAAAAAAAAGCAGACGGAGGCGCGCAUAACCAAAGUUGUCUUACUCCAAUUCCAUGAGUAUGUUCCGGUGGUAAACACGGAGUAGAAUAAUGGCGAUGUUAGCAUUUCAACGAGCCACGAGAAACAUCCACAUCCCCGCUGCAGAUGCACCUCGCCUUACCAGAUUCUCUCUCCGCCCACCUAAUUAUGCAGAGGUGGAAUUUGCUGAUGGCCGUGCAUUCAAUUUAUCAGCAGAGUUUCUGAGAGUAUUUAGCCCAGCUGCAGACAGCAAGAUCCGUUCCAUUGGUGGGGAAAAGGUAAUAUUUGGCCGGCGUCAUGUAGGGAUCAUGUCUGCAGAACCUGUAGGGAAUUAUGGGGUGAGGUUGCUCUUUGAUGAUUUGCAUAAAACAGGGAUAUACACAUGGAACUAUUUCUGUUACCUUGGCUCCAACAAAUUUUCUCUCAUGAGAAAUUAUAUCAAAACGUUGAAGAAGCAUAACCUGAGUCGAGAUCCCAAAAGGAAAUAAUUACUUGAAGGGCUUCAUGUACUCUUUGUACUUGUAUGACACAAGUUAUAUUAAACAGUUUUGUUAUAAUUAUCGUUAAAAUGUCGUUAUGGUU